AUGGUUAGCCAUCGACUACCAGACCGAGGUGCCCGUCGCUACAGACAGCGGUUCAUCGCACUUGAGACUCGACCGAAUCAUCAGAAGGAAGCGUUAUUAGAGAAAAGAGCAACCUUGAUGAACAGAGAAUACGAUGACGAUGGGGAUUUUGUAAUCCGACCCAGUCCAUCGCAAGGUGAAUAUAGUGAAAGUGAACGCGAUGAAUCUGAGAACUCAAGAGAGUACGAUUAUGCAGACGAAGAAGCUGAAGACGAUAAUGAAGAGGACGAAGAGCUGUCUUCGCAACGUCCAGGUGAAUUUGGGAACUUCGAAAAUGAACAGCUGGACGAAGACGAGGAAAAUGAAGAAAGACCGUUUAGUGCGGACUCUGGCACGGGCAGUCAUCCUGCAUUUGGAAAUGAAGGCCACAGAGCACCAGCUUCAUUGCAACAGAUGUUGGGAUAUUUGUCUCGGAGCAUGGAAACUCACGAAUCGACACGCGAACAGGGCUCUUCUUCGCUGCCUGGCCUUGGAAACCGUCAAGGAAGAAGGGUAGAAAUUGCGGAUAUUUUCCCUGAAAUAUUCGGGUUCGCCGGUAAUGGACCCAUCUUUGGUCCAAACAGAGCUAAUCCGCAUAUAACCAAACUUUUAGAAAACAUUGCAUCAUGUAACGAAGAUCCCUACGUCGCGCAAGAAAGCUUGCGUGAGAUUUCUGAACAGUUACUGAUGAUGAACUCAAUAACAGCAGAGCGUGCGAUUCCACAAGAAGAGCUUCUGACAAAUGUCAUUCAAAUUUUAGAGAGUUCUCGACUGCAGGAUCAGCUCGAGCUACAGAUGGUCGCAGGCCGGUGCUUGUACAAUCUAUUUGAGGUCAACCCCAGCAUAAUAGCGGCCGCUGUAGAUCUAGGCGUCGUGGCGGCUCUACGAGAGAAACUACUCGAAAUCAGUUACAUCGAUCUCGCAGAACAAGUAUUGGAGACACUGGAAAUAAUUUCCCGCUUACAUGGAAGAGAAAUACUUGAAUCGGGCACUCUUACCGUUUGCCUACAAUAUCUCGAUUUCUUCACUUUGCAUGCGCAAAGAAAGGCUCUCACAAUAGUUGUAAACGCGUGCACCAGAGCCCGCGUCCAGGACUUCGCAGAAAUAGCGAAUGUGAUGCCCAUAUUGAAGCAGGUUUUCAUGGGAUGUUCCGACAGUGUACUACUCUUGAAAGUGUUCGACGGCUUGUAUGGUAUUUGCAGCAGCUUUAGUAAAGAGCGAGAGCGACUGACGCAACUAUUUCAAUUCGACCUGGUUGAAAAAAUCAUGCAACUAAGCAUUAGUGGGGAAACGAAACUAGAAACGCGUUUGAAAGCGUUCGAUAUCCUGACUCAACUGGUCUUGUGUUCCAGAGCAUUGGCUGUCCAGAUGAUCAAGUCUCGGAAAGUACCAAACUUGAUACAAAGCUCCAUCGAUGGCUACAAAAAAAACCAAAAGUCGCCUCUCCAAGAAAGAAUAAUGUUUGCACCUAAAUCCUUGUUGACAUGUGUUUCCCGGUUUUUGAUGUGCCUUCUUCCGGUUGAAGGUGACCACGUCUUAUCGAACUAUGAAGGUCCUGAGGAACAAUGGCAAGGUAUCGAGGAUGAGAUGAAACAAUUACUCACAGACGUCACUCCGGUUUUGGUGGAGAUAUAUGAUAAUGCCGUCGAUUUUCAAAUCAGAAAGUACGUCCUCGUCGCAUUAGCGCGAACUGUUUCACCACGCAAAUCAUCUGCCUCCUUUGAGGUAAACGAAAGAGUAAUAUCGAUGAUAGCGUCAAGCUUUGCUAGAAAUAAAACUGUCUUUGAAGACAGUAACUUGACUGAUAAAAAGUCUGGUGCCCUCCUUGUUGGCUGCGCUUCAUUAACUCGUUUAUUGAUUGAAAGAAAUUCUGAAGUUUAUCUACCAGCUUUUUAUCGCGAAGGUGUUUUUGAGAUGAUUGACGCUUUGUUAGGAGGCCUUUCGCAAAGCUCUCUUGAUAAAGAGGAAUUAGACCACGAGAGCAACUCACACUCUUCCGCUGAAGAGGAUUUGUCAGAGGACAGUCAUGACCAUUACGAUGGUGAUGAUUAUGACAUGGAUUUUGAUGGGAUUGAGGGGCUCGGACAAGUGAAAGCGCGCAAAAUCUCCUUCAAUGUUCUUAAAAAACUGACCCUGCAUGAGCUCAAGUUUGCUUUGGCUGAAAACCUCAAGAUUAUUUCGUCCAUCUCUAAGAAAGGCAAAUCUUCAUCAGAGCAACUUGGUGAAAUUUCCACCUUAGUGGAAAAGCUGCAAAAGUUGGUUCUUCGUUCGAAUACGUAUGAAGAGUGGCUGGCCAUUUGGCGCGAUGUUAAAAACAAACUAUUAUCGUCUGAAUUUGUGAUAUCCAGCUUCGAAUUUAUGUCAACCGGCCUCGCUCGUGAAAUGUCAAAGAUAAUCAUUGAAAAUAGGACAAAGAGCUUUUUUUGCGAACCAGCCUUGAUUGACGCCUUUGGAGGAGACUUGAGAACUUUCGUGCAGAUUUUGCAAUCUUCUUUGACAAGAAUCGAAUGUUUUAGUUUGAUGGAGUGUGGACUCCAUGAUGAGAAUGGUAAGUCUGCUUCUUUGGGCAAGCAGAUGAAAAUUAAACUCGAAUACGAUGGAGAUCAUGAGGGCGAUAAAAUACCCGCCAACCUGCGUUCGAUUACUGUGGCUAUUCAUUGUAUUGCGACAUUCAAAUCACUCAAUGACUUCCUGAAGCACAGGAUAUUGCAGUCUAGAGUAAUGAGUUCAUCGUCCCCACUGGUGGCAAUCACUCCCGCUGAGACCACUGGAAUAGAUGGCUGGAACUUCGCCUUUUUCCUGGAAGAGAAAGAAUGCAAAUAUCAAGACACGAUAUUUGGCCCCAUCUUCAGGGCCCACAAUAAGAACGAAAAAGAGGGAAAACGCCUUUGGACUGAUGUGCACGUAUUCAAGUUUAGGGAGAUAUUGGAGCCGAAACAAGAGACUAGAUCCUUGACAAAUUAUACUGCAGAGCAGGGUGACGCAGGGGCUGAUGAGAAGCAGGCAUAUGACCUCAUGAUUAUUCUUAGAGCACUAAGGAAAGGUCCAUUGGGUAGUGAGCAUUUCAUUAAUUCAAAGAUAAGCGCGAAACUAUCUUGCCAACUGGAUGAACCGCUCAUUGUUGCCAGCGGCUGCAUCCCUGCAUGGAGCACGAUCGUUACCAGACGCUACCCUUUUCUCUUUCCUCUUGAACUCAGAAUGUUUUACCUACAAUGUGCAUCUUUCGGAUAUGCGAGACUUAUUCAGAUUUGGAAAAAUCGCCUGGGAGGAGAUAAAGGUGAAAGAGGCGAGAACGUUCUGCAUCAGCUGGGUAGGCCUACGAGACAUAAACUGAGGAUAUCGCGAGACAAUAUGUUUCUGAGUGCACUGAAGAUACUUUCGAAAUACGGCUCGUCACCUAACAUCUUAGAAAUUGAGUACUCGGAUGAGGUUGGAACAGGGCUCGGUCCCACGAUGGAAUUUUAUGCUAUAAUAUCGAAGGAAUUCGCAAAGAAAUCAUUAGGUCUGUGGAGGACUGAUCGCUAUCCUUUGUUUGAAAAAGAUGAACUAGUCGAUGGCCUUCUCUUUCCUGCUUCUUUAAGCGCCUCCAAAGAUCAAACAGGAACUUUAGAGCUUUUCAAACAUUUAGGAGCUUUCGUCGCACGAUCUAUGCUUGACAAUCGCAUUCUUGACUUCCGCUUCAACACAGCCUUCCUCGAGCUCGCACAUUUAUAUGCAGAUGGCGAGAAUGUUGAUCUUGGAAGAAAUGAGGCUACUUUUUCCCUUUUGCAUAAAGUGGACCACCAGCUGGCGAAAUCUCUCCAAUUUCUGCUCGAGCACAAAGGCGCCAACGAUUUGGAGUCGCUUUCGUUAACGUUCCAUUUACCGGGCUACGAUGUAGAUUUGAUCCCAAAUGGAAGAAAUAUUGCCGUGACAGCAGAGAAUUUUGACGAUUACUUUGAUCUGCUUGUAGAUCAGAUCCUGGGUGCGGGGAUCGAGAAACAAAUCCGCAGUUUCAUGGAGGGUUUUUCGCAGGCCUUUCCCUACAGUUCCCUACUCAUAUUGACACCAGAUGAGCUGACGGAACUUUUCGGGAGAGUAGAGGAGGAUUGGAGCCUUGAAACACUCUUGGCUUAUGUGGAAGCUGAUCAUGGCUACACACAAGACUCUGACAUAAUCCACGAUCUAAUAUCGCUGAUGACAUCGUUUUCGAUUACAGAGCGUCGUGAUUUUCUUCAGUUUCUCACCGGGUCACCUAAACUGCCACUUGGCGGUUUCAAGAGCCUUACUCCCAAACUCACCGUGGUUCGCAAACACACAGAGGAAAACAUGACUGCGGAUGAGUACUUGCCUAGUGUCAUGACUUGCGCCAACUACCUCAAAUUGCCAAUGUAUAGCGACAGGGAUAUUCUCAGAUCCAGGAUUACUCAGGCCAUGACUGAAGGAUCUGGUGCAUUCCUUCUAUCCUAG